AAUUAUUCAAGGCAUAUAGACGAGUUCAGUAUUCAACCAUGCUCAGGUGUGUACACCAUAGCACACAUCGUAGCGUGUGAAAGUGCAUAAAUUGGAAAGAAAAAAAAUAUCUACGCAAUGAUACGCAAUUUUAUCGAUCAAAAGCAAAUCCAUAGCCAAAAAAAAUUCAUAGUAUACAAACAUAUUACCAAGCCAACAUAAAAAAAAAUCGAUAGAAUAAGGUAAAAUGAGACAAAACAAACAACUGUAAUCAGUAGUAAUCAAAAGCUUAUUGGUGAAAGAAGAAAAACUGGUCAGUUUGAACAGUGAAUUGAAGUUUCAUUGACGAACAGCAAAUGUUCACAUAUAAAUCUGCCAUCCCAUAGAGAAACAAAAAACGAAUCUAAUGUGUGUCCUAGUGAUUUCAUAGAAAAUUUAGUGUAAUCGACCCAAAAGCGAAAAGAGCUUGAAAUUUGAAAGAAAAUUUGGAAUUCACCAUACAUUUUCAAUGAUGAGGAAUUUAUCAAUAUAACAAAAAUACUCGCAAACAAAAACAAAUUCAUGUGUGUGAAAAAAAUGGAAGUGAUACACUUAUAAUCUCCGAAUUUUACACUUCACUGCUAUAACCACGUUAAGAAAAAAAAAAGAAGAAUGUAGUACAAUUUUAAUGAUUUUCCAAUUCAAAUGAAUUUUAUUGAAUUAUCCAUUUCGCAUGGACAAAUUCAACUUGACCUUUGUGUAGGUGUUUUGUUCAUAGCUGAGUUCAACGAUUUCCUCGAUUGACAACAUAGUGCUUUCAAUUAUUUAAAAAAAAAAGUAUGCCUUCGCCCGGCUUGUAUCUAAUGAAAAUGAAAACAUGAAAUAUUUCAACAAAAAACACUAUUUGUCUUUGUACUGAGUAAAAUACUGAACCAAAGUAGUAGUACUUUCUUCCAUAAAUACAUCAUAUUGAGCGUAUAAUUAAUUACAAUUACAGUUACAGUUUCUAAGUGAAAAUUUGGAGAAUGGAUGUGAUUCAAAUGUUUAUAGACCCAAACAAAUCAAAAUGAAAACGAAGUUAAAUUUAAAACAAAAGUGAACACGAAUGAUUAAAACUUUAAAAGAAAUUGCUGUUCGAUUUUUGUGUUCUGCGUACGACGGCCAAUUUCAUAUUAUGUAGUAUAUGAACAAUAUCGAACUAUUUGAAACUAUUUGCCAUUGAAGCAAAAUGACAAAUUAAUAAUAUCUCUGUGCCAGUGAUUCAAUAAAUUAGUAAUUUGAACGAUGUGAAACGUCGGUGAAAUUAGUAAUAAAAGUACGACCGAUGUCGAUUGAACAAAUUGUGCAAGUUAAAUGGAUAUACGAGAAGGUAUGAAUUUAUCAAUCAAAAGAGAUUCGAUAUCAUAUUCAUGUAAAGUCAUCUUUUCAUCAUCGUCUGUAUCCGACCAGAAUUAAUCAGUGGCAGAAAGUAUAUGACCAUAACAGUUAGAUAAUAGCAGCAAUGCCGUUCGUAUGAUCUUAGCUUACAGAAGAAACAGACAAAACUAGUUGGAAUCGACAAUAAUUAUAAUAAUUUUUCGUUAUAUGUGUUAAAUUAAUUGUGUCAAAAAUCAAAUUAAAUAUAUUAUACUCCGAUUUACUAUGAGGGUAUUUGCCUAAUCGAAGACAAAAGCAUCGUUAGAAGGUGCGGAGAACCAACCGCUUAGUUACCGCACCAAUUUCCAAGGAAACGUUCAUUCAAGCCCCAUACAAAAGACGACAACAAUGGCCGACUUGGAAGCCGUUCUAGCUGAUGUCAGCUACUUGAUGGCUAUGGAGAAGUCCAAAUGUACACCAGCAGCCAGAGCCAGCAAAAAGAUAAUUCUACCAGACCCGAGCGUUCGGAGUGUAAUGUAUAAAUACUUGGAAAAAGAGAAUGAAAUAAGCUUCGAUAAAAUAUUUAACCAGAUUUUAGGUUAUCUCUUAUUCAAAGACUUUUGCGAAAAUGCAUCUGAAGAACCAGUUCCACAUCUUAAAUUCUAUGAAGAGAUAAAAAACUAUGAAAAAACGGAGUGUCAUGACGAACGACGUAAGUUGGCGAGAGAAAUCUAUGACAAUUUCAUCAUGAAAGAAAUGCUAUCUCACACACAUGAAUAUUCCAAAGAUGCUGUGGCCCAUGUACAAAAAUAUCUUAUGAAAAAUGAAGUUCCCGUUAAUUUAUUCGAACCGUAUAUAGAAGAAAUAUUCAACCACUUAAGAAAUGAACCAUUUCAACAUUUUUUAGAAAGUGAUAAAUUUACGAGAUUUUGUCAAUGGAAGAAUUUAGAACUAAAUAUUCAGUUGACAAUGAACGAUUUUAGCGUGCAUCGUAUAAUCGGUCGCGGUGGUUUUGGCGAAGUGUAUGGAUGUCGAAAAGCUGAUACGGGUAAAAUGUAUGCAAUGAAAUGCUUGGAUAAAAAGCGAAUUAAAAUGAAACAAGGUGAAACAUUGGCAUUAAAUGAGAGGACGAUGUUGUCGUUAGUUAGCACUGGCGUGGAUUGUCCUUUCAUUGUAUGCAUGACAUAUGCAUUUCAUACGCCCGAUAAAUUGUGCUUUAUAUUGGAUUUAAUGAACGGAGGAGAUCUUCAUUACCAUUUAUCACAACAUGGCGUAUUCAAUGAAUCCGAAAUGAAAUUUUAUGCAGCCGAGGUGAUUUUAGGAUUAGAUCAUAUGCAUCGUCGUUUUAUUGUUUAUCGUGACUUAAAACCAGCCAAUAUUCUAUUGGAUGAAAAUGGUCAUGUACGUAUUAGUGAUUUAGGAUUGGCAUGUGACUUUUCGAAGAAAAAGCCGCACGCGUCUGUCGGCACACAUGGAUACAUGGCACCAGAAGUAUUAUCGAAGGGAACACCGUACGAUUCGAGCGCCGAUUGGUUUAGUUUUGGUUGCAUGCUUUAUAAACUACUAAAAGGACAUUCGCCGUUCCGACAACACAAGACAAAGGAUAAACACGAAAUCGAUCGGAUGACAUUGACAAUGAAUGUGGAACUUCCCGAUUCAUUUAGCAAAGAAUUGAAAAAUCUGCUGGAAGGAUUACUAAUACGUGAUGUGGAUAAGCGAUUGGGAUGUCGUGGUCGUGGUGCCGAAGAGAUCAAAGAGCAUCCAUUUUUUGCUGGUAUCGAUUGGCAUCAAGUAUACAUACAAAAGUACACACCUCCAUUGAUUCCACCUAGAGGCGAAGUAAACGCUGCCGAUGCAUUUGAUAUUGGUUCGUUCGACGAAGAAGAUACCAAAGGAAUUAAACUCACUGAAGCCGAUCAAGAACUUUACCGAUACUUUCCACUCACAAUAUCUGAAAGAUGGCAGCAAGAGGUGUCGGAAACUGUGUUCGAAACAGUCAAUUCAGAGGCCGAUAAAUUGGAACAGAAACGUAAAUCAAAGCAAAAAAAUCGAUUUGAUGCCGAUGAAAAGGAAUCCGAUUGCAUUUUACAUGGGUAUAUCAAGAAGCUUGGAGGUGCUUUUGCUUCAGUGUGGCAAACAAGAUAUGCAAAACUCUACCCAAACCGGCUUGAACUACACACUGAAUCGAGUAAUACAAAACCGGAGCUCAUAUUCAUGGACCAAAUUGAGGAAGUGUCACCCGAAUUUGUUCAAUACAAAAAUGAACAAUGCAUUCAAAUUCGAUUCCGCGAUGGUAUCCGAGACGGUCGAGUUAUUCUAACUAAUCCCGAUGAAAUUGGAUUAAAAGAAUGGGCUUUGUCGCUACGGUCGGCACACAAGUUGUCACAGGAGCUGCUAGGUUCAAUGGCACGAAAAGCUGGGAAGAUUUACGGUACGGGGGAGAAGUCCACAUCGGUCAUGAUUAAUAAUAACAUAACUUCCUCUGGGGGUGGAAAUGCAAAUAACAGUGGGGUUGGUGGUGGUGGUAGUGGUGGUGGAAGUGGCAGUAGUAGUGCACUUAAUAAUCAAAACGUCGCAAAAAAUACUAAUGGAAACUAGCGCUUACUGCUGCGAUCACGGUCGUUUGUUGAACCGGAUCGUAUACAAGAAAAUGCUGGUCAAGUCAAGUGUAAAGAUACCUAGAAUGACACAGCCGAUGAUUUUAAAACCAAAGAUGAAAAUGCAACAUUUUUACCGUUAGAAAACGCGAUAAAUUUUAAAACCAAAGUUAAUAUUCGAGUGUAAUUGUGAUGACAUUACUAUUACUGAUAUACAAAUUACUGAUUAGUCAGCCAAACAAACAAUCACAUAGACGUUAGAAUGGCGUUAGACGGAUAGUAAUUGAUAAAUUGACGUAAACUAACAAUCGGUCAUAUACAUUCUACAACGUAAACUAAUCUGAAAUAGCGUUCAAAACUAUAUAACACCAGUAAUGAGCAAUUAAACAUAGAAUUCCCAAUGAUUUUCAUUUUCCAAAGAUAUGCUGCGGACAACUUUGGUCAGUCAUUGAUAAGAACGGUUCCGAUAUGGAUGAGACUUUCAGUUUUAUUUUUUCGUACGUCAUUUAACUAUUUUCAAUGGGUUUAUCAUAUGUAUUUAGCUGUGAUGAUGAUUGAAUUCAUCGCAAAAUUUUCUUCCCCACCGCCAUAUUGCCUACCAAACCAUAAAGGUUACACGAAUACUAUCGAAACGAAUUCGUUCAGUAAUGAUCUCAUUGUUCAUGCUUAUAUAAUUCGUUCGUUUUAUUUAUGGAAAUAUCGAAAAAUCUAUUGAGAAAUCCUUCCAUCCCAAACACUACUCUUACGGAAUCUCCAUCGAAAAAGAGGCAAAAAUCCAUUUCAAUAUUUCACGUCCAACCCAAACGAAUAUAUUCGAAAUAUUCAAAUUCACAUUGGAAGAUCGUCGUUCCAUUCUAAUGAAGUGAGCAAAUUUCAGGGGAUAACGAUUUUUGAUCACUCUUAUUGUGGUCAUCAUGUGUAAAUUGUCUAGCAUUUUUUCUUCUAAAUCUUGCGGUUUGUGCAAAAUAAAAUGUUCUGGAGGAAGCAAUGCACUCUGCCCCCCACUGGCUACGGUACUGAUCAAUAUUGUUCACUUUCAUCUUUUGAUCGUUUUUCGACACGGAACGAUCUUUUUUUGUAAACGGCAGAACUAUAGUUCUAUUGUGGGCGAACCAUUGUUAUCAUGUUAUCAUUUUGAUCGUAGAAAAUGCAUGUCAUCUUAAUGAGAUUUUUGAGGAUUUGAGGUCCAUAUUAUUCAGCAUUAUAGAUUACAAAUAAGAAUGAUGAUAAAGUCUCAUUUCUAGAAGUAUCGAUAUCAUUUGCCAAUUCCUGCUGUUACGGAACUCAAAAAAACAGAACAUUUUUUAAUUCCAUUUUGGUUUCUUCAAAAACUCGCCAGUAGAAAAAAGGUCUAUAUAACACACGAAAAAUUAUUUAAUCACUCAGAAUCAGCAAACCGAAAAAAAAUGUCUCUUAGCUCAUGGGUAGAAAUUUCUAACAAAGUUUAUAUAAUAGGUAUUGAGUAAAAUAAAAUGUUGACCAUUAUAAAUUUACAAACAGUACAACUGCGGAACCUAUAAGCGAAUAUGUGACUACAUUGUGCAUAACACAACCGAUCAAAUGAAAUGAAACCGAAAUGAAUGUUCGAAAAAAAUAUAUCAUCAAGUAUGAUUUUUUUGUUGUGAGAUGCUUGAAAUGGCGAUACUGCCAAUAGAACGUUAUUAUUUUCAGCAAAUUGAAGGCAAACAGACCGUAUUCUGACCAAACUCAUUGUUUUUAUUAAAAAAGCUACCUUAAUUUUCAAAUCGAAAGCCAUGGUUUGGAUAUGUGAGUCGAAAAUACAUAUUAACAACAAAAAAUUGAAGAAAAAAAUAUUCAAAUCCAACAUUUCCUAUUGGGGUGUCAGCAAUAGGUGUGUAACAAUCAGUGUACAGUUUUGGAAAUAAUAUUAGAUGCACCACCAUUUAUUGAAAUAUCUUUCGUUUAAGGUUGAAAAGAUUUCGAUGUGCGUGUUCCAAAUUUUUCAAGAGAAUAUUCACGAAUAAAUCACAUUUUCAUGUGUUUUUGAUAUUCCAUUCUUACUCUCAAGUAAGAAAUAACAUGUGUGGUCGUACUCGAAAUUUCGCUUAGAAGUCAUAUCAAUCAUAAAUAACCUCAUGUUCAUGAGGUUCAUCUAACAGAUUUCAUUCUAAGGCUAGGCUAAGCCAUGAUUGAAUGUUUUUUCUUUUGAUCAGUACAAACAAUUUUAUGGUGUCAAGCGAGCGACUCCUUAAAUCCGAUUAGGAAUUUACCAAAAGAGUUUUCAAAAUAUAUUUCCUGCCACUCCGAUUGUGCAAUGAAUGUACUUGUAGUUUUUCCUAGUCACACACAGCUCCAUGUUCAUUCUUGUUAUCGUAUAAGUUACAAAAUUGCAUUGGUUCCUGGUGGUUUUAUAGAAUGAACUCAAACGAAGCCCAAUCUGUGAAAUUCUCGCAUUGUAACAACAAUUGCGGGUUUGAGUAUGGAAUUUCCCGCAAACCGAUUUAUACACCGAAGAAGUACAAACAUAACUUGUGACUUGUUAACGGUCACAUUCGUUCAAAGACUCUUGAAUUCGAUUUGAAGGUGUCAACUGAUACAGUUUUUAAAACAUACGUCUAUCCUUUUUAUAGUUCAAGUGAAAAAAAAAAAUUGGAAACUAUUGAAAAUCGGUCUUUGGUAGUUUAAACAAACGAAUUUGGACGUUUGUUCGGUCCCAGAAUGUAAUCAAUCGAUGCAGAAUGUUUGGUGCUUACUGAUAUCAAAAAAAAUCCUAUUUAUAUCAAGAAAGUAAUGUUAUUUCCGAAAAAUGGAAUUUACAAUCUCCUGACUGGCUAUUUCAAAAUUCAUGAUCAAAAAUUAAAACUCAUCAAAAAAAUGUCUGGAAUCGAAUGCGAUUUAAAAUGUGCGCUGAAUGUCCAAUCUUUUCGAGUAUCAUUCUCAUCUGCACAAAAAGUAGCCCUCAGUAUUUUCGCCAGAUUUGUUUACAUUUUUUUCGUUUCACAAAACAAUAGGUGUCGUUAGUGGUUGAAAAAGCAUCUAUUCAUAGUAAAGAUAUAUGAAAAUAGAAGAAAAAGGAAUGUAAAAGCAAAUUUCGGUGUGACAUUAGCAAAUUAGAAAUAAAUAAGAUGUAGAUUUCAAUGUGCCCCCGUAAACUUAAGACACGAAAAAAAAAACAUGUACAUUUCCAUUUCAUGCGAAAAACUAAACACGCUAACAUGUUAAUCAUCGACGACAACAUAAGUAAAGAAGCGCCAUGCCAAUUUUACGAGAAAAAAAUUCACCAAACGGAAAACUAAACAAACAAAAAUACAUCAUUACCCCUCACUCACCUUUUUGAAGAACACGUCGUUAAUAACGCAGCAUUUUAAAUCGGAUCAACAACAACAACAGCGUAAAAUGAAAAUUAAUUACUGUUCAAAAUUCAAUACUAUAAUAUGUAUGAUAUGUAUUGUUUAUCGUCUUAAGAUUUAAAAAAAAAUGGGUGUUUUGCAAAACCAAAAAAAAAAAAAUUAACCAAAUGAAAAUCAAUACCAAUUUAGUACAUAAAUAAUUUAAAUAGGGAAUAUUUGAAUGAUUGACAAUUUUCAAAUUGUUUCUUAAUGGUAUAUAGGGUGUUAGCGAACAUCGCGUAAAUAUUUUGGCCACGUAUUCCUGAGUAGUCUAUGUGGUUGAAAUUUUGCACGCAAUCCUGUUACACCCUAUAUAAUAACAUAUACCAGCCCGACUGAAUAUAAUGAAAAUAAUUGAUUUGCAUAUUAUUUGCUGCCCCUUUUUUCAUUUGGUUUUGUCGGUACAAUUACAUUUGCCGUUUUUAUUUUGAACACUAAAAGUGACUAAAAGAAAUAUCAAUUCUAAUGGACAAAUCACCAAAUUCAAUUUAAUGCGUUUUAUAAUCCAAAUAACGUACAAAUACAAUGCCUUCGCUUCCGGAGUCAAUAGCAGAGAGAAAUGCCGUAAUAAAGACGGUCUAUGCAUAUGCAAAUAUAAAUCUUGGCAACAUUCAUUUUAAUUUUGGCCAACUGCUGCAUAUACCAUGCCUAUGAAAAAUUUGUUGUCUCCAUCAAGGCGACAUCCUUCGGUUUAUUCACAUUAGUUUUCUUUCUUUUAGUUUAUUCCAUUUUUAUUUUUAUUUUUAUUUUGUUAUUUUUCUGACUCCAUGUCCACUUUUUUAUUUUAUUAUUUUUAUUAUUUUUUUCUUUCAUUUUCAUUUUUUUAUUUGUAGGUCUUUGAUGUCUACAGAGAUUUGCAACUUGCAACAACCAAAGAAAAAAAAUGUAUUCGUUAAUAAUAGUAGUCAACUUAGAAAAAAAAAAACUUUUGGUGUUGGCGUAUAAAACUCUUUUGAUUCCACAUAUUCAUUUAAGCUGUAAACUUCGAAAUAGUUAACGUAAACAAAUGCAAAUGUUAUACCAAAAUGUGGCAAUUUUCCAAGACAAACAAAAAAAAUUAAUCGUCUCUUUGUGUUUCUUUUCUCACGUUUGACACAAAGAUUUUUUUUUUAAAUGAAUUUAAAAGCCACAUUCACAAUUAAUGUUCAUGAGUGUGUUUUAACAGUGAAAAUGAGAAAAAAAAAAUUAGUAAAAUGAAUCGUAACAAUCAAUUUAUAUGUAAAAAAAAAUGUGGACAAACAAAACCAAAAACACUAUCAAUUAAUUGAACAUAGAAUCAAUAAAUGAAUAAUAAUUUAAUCGAAA